AUGCCGCCACUCGCCAUCGCCAUCGCCAUCGCCAUCGUCAUCGUCACCGCCAUCGCCAUCGUCGCUGCCAUCGGCCUGUGCUUUGGCCUUCCAUCCGUGCUUCCUGCUCACCGUCGUCGUUUGCCACCCGCUUUCUCCCCUCUGCGUCACUCCGCUGCCGAGCUCGCUGACGGCACCCCCCCCAAUUCAAUGUUCGGCCUCAAGAAGAAGAUCCGAGCUCCUCGAGCCGCCGAUGCGGCUCUCUCGCCAGGCAUGUCACCCAAACCGUCCGUUGGCGUUCUGCCCGGCAUGUCUCCCAAACUCGAGAUGGACCUCCCCGAGCUUGACAUCGACACCAACCUCGGCCUCGCCGACUCUUCUUACUCGAGCGAUCUUCCCGAAACAGUCAGCAGUCCCAUUGUCUCGCCAAAGCCCGUCCGAAGCCUGCGCUUCGACAAUGUCAUCCACCACAUCCCAACGCCUUCGCACGAGACCGACACUCGCAUACUCUCCGACAGCGACAGCGACGACCCGCAUGAUCAUACCUUCUCUGCCGAUGAUGAGGAGGAGCGCACUGCUGCCGGUCCAGGCACAAACAGCGAUCGUAUCGAUCCACGCAACGAACAGCGCAAGGGUAAAAGUGGCGCCGUUUCCUCGGACGACGGCGAUGACGAUGUGCCUCUGGGCAUGCUUGGAGACGGAGCCCGGGCCCCCUCCGAGUUCACCAGCAUCAAGGCCGAGGUCCGCCUCGAGAAAUAUAUGAAAAAGACCAAACGCACAUCGCGGCUCAUCAACCCAGACGACAAUUUACCCUUGGCCCUGACCCGGCUUCAGCUUCAGGAACAAAUGCCCGCCGUCAGCUUGCCACCAGAUUCAGCCUCACCCAAGCUGCAACCUAGCCAGCAACUGAAGCGAACUCCAACAGCCUCGGCCGCAAACCUCCCGAGUCCCAAGAUGCCCGAUUCCUCUCCACGACAGCCGCAUGCGGCUCCAUCGGCGAACCCUCAUUCCGGUCACAACCGAUCGCUGCAUGAUCCAGCAGUAGACACCGUCCCCCACCGCCGCGCCACCGAGUAUCCCAGCCCGUACGAUAACCAGGCCAACGGCAAGAAAAUCACCGCCCGCGUGUACAUCCAGGAUGCUUCCACCUUUACCAUGAUGGUCCUGACUCCACAGAUGAACUCGGUGCAAGUAACGAGCGAUCUUGUAGUGCGCUCUAACCUGGAUCCGCUGCUAGGGUGGACUCUGUUCGAGAUAUGCAACGACUUUGGUGUGGAACGACCGCUUCGAGAUUGGGAGAUUGUUUCGGAUGUCGUGUCAUCAUGGGACUCGUCCAACUCGGUGAACGCCAUUGUCUUGAAGGUGUAUGGCCUUCGAGAUACCCUGCUGCCUGAGUCCAUCAUUGGCCGCUAUCCCAAAGUGCAAGGCUGGGUCCAUCUGGAAAUCAAGCCUGGAAAAUGGCAGCGGCGCUUCCUAUCGCUUAAGGAUGGUGGCGUGAGCUACUUUAAGGACGGGGAGUCCGGCUCCCAAGUAUUCCUCUGCAGCUUGGGUGCCUUCGAUGUGUACACGCUCUGCAAGAAGCGCAACCGCGCACCAACAAACUUUUGCUUUGCCCUCAAGUCCACGUCAUCCAUAUCUUUCUUUGAAAACAAAGACGACUAUAUCAAGUUUGUCUGCGUCGACCGCGAAGAUCGGCUCUUCGACUGGGUCAUGUCGCUUCGGAUCGCGCAGAGUGAAAAGACAUUCAGCGACAACCCGGAGCUAUUCGACAAUCUGUCAGGCAUUCCCCCACAGGCAUAUGAGCGACGGCUGCGCAAGUUCCAGAAGGAAGACGUCCUGAAACCGAACCCAAUCCUCUCUGGGACCCAUUCUUCAGGCCAUGUCGCCAACGCAGGCCUCCCCGAUCAUCGAAUGUCCCGUCGCGAUCGCGCUGAAGAGACUUCGUCUCCUUACGGAAGAGGAGCCUUCGAUCAAGAGCCCUUCGCGAUGGAAGGAUAG